AUGAACCCUUGUUCUGUGGCAGCUCCACAACAAGAUAUUGAAGGCGACGGCAGGUGGAAUAGCAUUCAUAAACGAUUUCUUUCCGACGCGAAAGGUAAAGACGGAGACGUCAUUUUCAUCGGCGACUCAAUUCUACAAGCAUUAGAACAUACAGAAGUUUGGAACCAGUGGUUUGCACCACUUCACUGCCUUAAUUUUAGUAUUCAUAAUGAUCAAACUCAAAAUGUUUUAUGGCGUAUCAAAAAUGGACAGUUAGAUCAUGUUGACCCCAGGGUGAUAGUCAUACAUGUAGGAACAAAUAAUGUUAAUCAUACUCCAGAUCAAGUCUGUGAAGGUAUUUUAGAAAUAGUUCAUACAAUCAGGGAAAAACAUCCAAGUGUUUAUAUAGUACUACCUAGUCUACUUCCAAGAGGCCAAUAUCCAAAUGUUUUGAGAGAGAAAAAUGAUAAAAUUAAUCAACUUUUAUGUGAAAAAGUUGCUCAAAUGAAUAAAGUUGAAAUGGUAUCAAUAGACAAAGGUUUUGUACAAAAUGAUGGAACAAUUAGCCAUCAUGACUUGCAUGACUAUCUUAUUCCUACUAAUUCAGCUUUCAGGAAAGCUUUUGAACCAGUAUAUGAUCUUUUACAGCAAAUAUUAUCUGAAGGUGAACCAGAAAAAGACUUGACACCCUCUGAA